AUGUCCGAGCUCGACACGCCGCCUCUGGUGCUGUGGUGUGGCUGCAUGGGGCUCGCAGGCGUCGUCCUGACGCUCUGUGUCGUGUACCCGGCGUACUACCAUCUCCCUGGAGACGACCACGGCCGCUUCGAGGACUUUUACAAUACGCGUGGAAGGGUGGGUGCCGCCAGCUUUGUGCAGCUCGGGGGCUUUGGGCUGCUACUGCUGGGCAUGGCGGUCUACAACGGGACGACACAGCUGCCGGGCGGGCCACGAGCGACGGAGCACCCCAUCCUGGACAUGGAGGCCUCCGUCCGCCUGUCCCUGAUGGGGCCGACGGCGUUCCGCACGUCACGCAUGUCGGUCAAGAACCCGAGUCUGAAGCAAAAGCUGGUGGAGCCGUGA